AUGAGACUUGCAAAAUACGAGCUCGCGGAAACUCUGUCCGCUUUUGAAUACUUAAACCACGACGCACUCCGUGUAGUUCAAAGGGAACUCAAACUAGAUCUACCCAUUACACUUCCAAACGAUGACUCGCUAUGUUCGAAACGCAAAGCCCACGCUGUGUUGGUCGAAGCCUCCUCCAUUAACGAAGGUUAUGCAGCCAAGCUGAUGAACGCUUUCACGGCAAAAGCCAAGAACACCGACCUCUGCCAUACAGGAGUGAUUUCUGCAAAUCUAAGACAAACUGAGAAACUAUGGGAACUCAGGAAGAAUGUUAUUGACGCCUGCAAGCAGACGGGUCCAUUCUACAAAUUUGACCUUCAAGUGCCAGCUAAGCAAUUGCCCGAACUGGUAAGACUUUUGGAGUCAAUCUGCUCUGGCGAACGCGCCUCAAGGAACCCUUCCAUUCGACGACUGCCUGACUCUGACAACAUGACCAGGCUGCGCGACUUGGUCAUUUUUGGACAACUUUCCAGCGUUCGCAAAGCCAUACGAUUCACUCACUGCGGACUAAAAGCCAGCAGCAUGGACUCGCGGCAGAGGAUUAUCCCCACUUGCGUGGUGCGUAUCGAGUCGAUCCUCGCCAAGUGGUUGGCCAUGGGACGCUGUGGUAAAUUUUUGGGUUUCUGUAGGAAUUCUGAGGGAACGGAGACCCGCGGGAUUCAUCGACUCGAUAUCGACGAGUACGGACUGCAAAGUAACGCCGCGCGAGAGUUACAACUGGCCCUCAAGAAGGCCUGGGAUCCCAAGGGUAUCAUGAACCCCUACAAAACCUGGCCUUUUAUUAGCAACUGA